AGAAAAGAAAAUAUGUCAGAAUAGCUCUGUGGUUGAAGAAAAGAGCAAUAUGUGCGAAGAAAAGUCGGCAUUUUUAAGAGAAUUGCUCAUUAUCCAGUUCCCGGAGUACGGUACUGCUUCUGCGAGUGGUAAAAGUAACUUGAUUUCUCAUUGAGACGACGCCAUUAUGGUGCUCUUCCGCGCUGCUCUCCUCCCUUUUCCUACCCACUUGUCAUAUCUAUCUCCGGUUCUUCUACCCGAUGAACCUUAUCUAGUUUCCCUCCAAAGGAAUCGAUUUUACAACGGUAGGAAGCAGAUGUGGAGGCAGAGGGGGAUUCUUACAUCGGCUACCGGCAAUCUGGCCCAAGUGGGGUCUGCUCUGCCGGAGUUGGAUCUGGAGCGCAAGAAGCUUCGUAUUCUCAUCGCCGGGGGUGGGAUUGGUGGGUUGGUGCUGGCGCUGGCGGUGAAGAAGAAGGGUUUCGAUGUGUUGGUGUUUGAGAAGGACAUGAGCGCGAUUAGAGGGGAGGGGCAGUAUAGGGGGCCGAUUCAGAUUCAAAGCAACGCACUGGCUGCGCUCGAGGCUAUCGACUCGCAGGUGGCCGAGGAAGUGAUGGAAACAGGAUGUGUAACUGGCGACAGGAUAAAUGGUCUUGUCGACGGGAUUUCUGGUACCUGGUAUAUCAAGUUUGAUACGUUCACUCCAGCUGCAGAACGUGGCCUUCCUGUUACAAGGGUCAUAAGUCGCAUGUCUUUGCAGCAAAUAUUAGCCAAUGCUGUUGGUUAUGAUGUUAUUUUGAAUGAUAGUAAAAUUGUAGAUUUUGCCGACCAUGGAAACAAGGUGACUGUGAUUCUUGAAAAUGGUCAGCAGUAUGAAGGUGAUCUUCUUGUUGGAGCAGAUGGUAUUUGGUCUAAGGUACGGGAGAUCUUAUUUGGUUACAGUGAGGCAUCUUACUCAGGAUAUACUUGCUAUACUGGUAUUGCGGAUUUUGUGCCUCCUGAUAUAGACACUGUUGGGUACCGUGUUUUUCUUGGUCACAAGCAAUAUUUUGUUUCUUCAGAUGUUGGUGCUGGAAAAAUGCAAUGGUAUGCAUUCCACAAUGAACCACCGGGUGGCUCUGAUGUGCCAAAUGGUAAAAAGGAAGUACUUCUCAAGAUAUUUAAUGGGUGGUGUGAUAAUGUUAUUGAUUUGAUAAAUGCAACCGACGAGGAAGCCAUUCUUAGACGUGACAUUUAUGAUCGCAUCCCAAUCUUUACUUGGGGAAAAGGGCGUGUGACAUUGCUUGGGGAUUCUGUUCAUGCAAUGCAGCCAAACAUGGGUCAGGGUGGCUGCAUGGCUAUUGAGGAUAGCUACCAGCUUGCACUUGAACUUGAGAAAGCUUGGAAAAAAAGCAUUCAGAGCAGAAAACCCGUGGAUAUAAAAUCUUCUCUAAAACGAUAUGAGAAGGAAAGAAGACUUCGUGUGGCUGUAAUUUAUGGAAUGGCGAGAAUGGCUGCAAUCAUGGCUUCUACUUAUAGGCCAUAUUUGGGUGUAGGGCUUGGACCUUUGUCGUUCUUGACAAAAUUAAAAAUACCACAUCCUGGGAGAGUUGGUGGCAGAUUUAUCAUCAAAUAUGCGAUGCCUUUAAUGCUAAGUUGGGUCCUAGGUGGCAACAGCUCAAAACUUGAAGGAAGAUCACCUACCUGCCGCCUCUCUGAUAAGGCAAGCGACCAAUUACAAAAGUGGUUUGAAGAUGAUGACGCCCUGGAACGAGCUCUUGGUGGAGAGUGGUAUCUCUUUCCUUUAAAUAAUGGUGAUUUGCAGCCUAUUCGACUGGUCAGAGAUGACAAGAGAUUUUAUAUCAUUGGGAGUAUUUCAAAUGAUGGCUCGGAAGGAACAUUGAUCCAUUUACCUUUUCCGCAGGUUCAUAAAGUUCAUGCGCGUAUAACGUGCAAAAAUAGUAUCUUUUACUUGACCGACUUGCAGAGCCAGCAUGGUACCUGGAUUAUUGACAAUGAAGGAAGACGAUACCAAUUACCGCCAAAUUCGCCCGUUCGUGUCCGUUCAUCGCACUCUAUUGAAUUUGGUUCUGAUAAGCAAGCUAUCUUCAAGGUAAAGGUGCUGAGCACAUCGCAGGAAAGACCAGCUGCAAAUGAAGGGCAAAAGGUUUCACAGGUUUUUUGACUAAACUGUAUGAUGCAGAUUAAGGCUUUCUUUGGGACAGCUUUCUUGCUGCUUCUUAAAACAGCUUUCUAGUAUAAAAAUUUUAAUUUUUAUACAAAAAAAUUAUUUUAAGAAGUAGUAAGAAAGCCGUCCCAAACGAGGCUUAAUCCAAUUCCGAUUGCUACUGUACAGCUUUGCAAAUCACACAUAGUAUAGACAAUAUAUCUGGUAAAUCAAUUUUGGUUAACUUUAUUCUUUUCUAUGUAAUAUAAAACAUUUGUCCUCC